UGUAUUCACCCCACCACCCAAAACCCAUUACAUAAAUUCUCAUUAAAGAUUACUACAGCUAGUUUUUUUUCAUCAAAUAUAUUCUUUUUUACACCAAAAUUUUGCUAUCUUCCUAUCUCACUCUUUAGUCUUACACAAACACAAACCCUUAAAAUUUGUUCCAUUUCUUACCCAAAUGAAGACAACAUCACCACUCAACAUGUCUAAAGCCAACUUCCCUUGGUCAUCUUCAAGGAAAGUCCAAAAUGAUGAAACAUUAGAUCAAACUACCCAACAAAUAAAGGACACCCUUAAACCAAAUCACCCACUUAGUGAUGAUAAUGAGAAUCCCAAGAGUUUAAUGUCAAAGAGAAAGAAGAAACUACAAGCAAUUACUAUUUCAAGAAUCAAAUCAGUUCUUACAGCCCUAAACCUUAAGAAAUCAUCCUCAAAUUUCCCAAAUUUAGGGUCAUGCCCUAAAAUUGUAGGUACCCUAUUUGGGUAUAGAAAAGGGCAUGUUCAUUUUGUGUUCCAAAGAGAACAUAACUCAAUUCCAGUGUUCUUCAUUGAACUUGCAACCCCAAUUACUAAUCUUGUUAAGGAAAUGACUUCUGGGUUAGUAAGAAUUGCAUUGGAAUGUGAUAAAAUAGAGCAAAAUCAUGAUCAGAAAUGUAAGAGGAAAAGAUUGUUGGAAGAAAAAGUAUGGAGGACUUAUUGUAAUGGGAAGAAUUGUGGAUUUGCUACAAAAAGAGAAAUUGGGGAUAAUGAAGCUAAGAUUUUGAAAGCUAUUGAACCCAUUUCAAUGGGGGCUGGUGUUCUUCCUGGGUUUAAUGGAUCUGGGGCUGGAACAGAGGGUGAAUUGAUGUAUAUGAGGGCCCACUUUGAGAGGGUUGUUGGGUCUAGAGAUUCUGAAGCUUUUUAUAUGGUGAAUCCUGAUUGUCAUGGUGCUCAUGAGCUUAGUAUUUACUUGCUUAGAGUUUGAGUAUAUUCAAUUUCCCCUCCAAAAAAAAAAGAAGUUAGUCCUAUGUUAAAUAUUGUAAGUUGGAGUAGUGUUUUCUACUUCCUCCGUUGUGAAGUUAAGUGAGAAAAUGUCAGUAUUAAUAGUAAAUAUAAUGUUGCGGAAUUAAUAUUUUUGUUAGGCUUAAGGUUUAAGAACAUGUUAACUAGGUGGGGAUUAGUACAAAUGAGUUGACAAGGUGUUUUUUUUUUUUUUGAAUAUAUUUGGAGUAAGGAAAAUCUCAUAUAGGCCGAAGAGGAGGAGAAAUUGAUCUUUCUGCACGUGCCGGUUUAGCUUCUUGCAAGUUAAUGUGGGUUUUGAGCGAAUUGCGAAUUUUAAAAGUGAAAUAAGCGGUGAAUUGUGUUAUGCGAAUCAGAACGAUGGAAAGAAAAAAUUUUCAAUUACGGAUCAAAUGAUAAAUUUUUUUAUAUUUUGGGUAAAAAGGAAAUUGGGGAAGUGGGUUUUUACUGUACUAGUAUUUUGUUAGCUUUUUGGGGUGGAAUGUAAUGGUAUACUGGAAAAAAAAAACAAGAAGAAUUGGUCUAUUAUGGACAUGAUGGUCAAAAUCAACUCAAUGUAAGAUCUUUCAUGUGAUGCAAAUAUCUUCUCUCUAAUUGGUUUAUUAUGGCUAUUUUUGGUAUUGUUUUUUGGGUGUUGUCAUCCAACUACAAAGUAUGCAAAAAUGCAAGUACAAGACUUCCAAUUUUCUUAAGUGAAAAUUAUAUUUCAUUUAAUUUUCACCGUUAUUUUCUUUAAUUGUCACCUUUCUUCAAUCUACUGUGUAUUAAAAAAAAACUUUUAAUACUAGCGAGUCUAUAUGUCUUCCUCGUCAAGGAUCUAACCCAUAGUAGUACUUUCCUACCUUUGGUGAGGAUACUAUCUAAUCAUUUUCAUGUAGAUUACUAGGA